CUGAUCUCGUUUGCCAGUGGCGGUUGUUAACUUUUGAAGCAUGUCUGAUAGAGGUUUCUACGGUCCUUCACGCGGACGUGGGUCAUCCGCUGGUCGAGGGGCUCCUCGUGGUCCUCAAAGACCUUCAUAUAGCAUCUAUGACGGUGUCCACCACCAAUUUUACGAUGGGCCACCUCCGAGCGCCCAAGGGACCAGGGGUCGUAAUGGUCCACCCUCAGGAGGAUACCCCUCAUCUAAUUCUUCGAGAUUCCACGCUCCGCCCGAACAGAGUGCUGCAUAUUCCUCCUCCGAAACUUUUCCAGAGGCAGCUCGUCAGAAAAAAAGUCACCCAAUAAAAGGGCAAAUGUGUGAUCUUUCCGAAGACAUAUCUAAGCUAAGUAUUGAUAAGGUAGUGCGAAUACCGAACAGACCAGACCGCGGGGGUACGGUCGGUAGAAAAGUCACGGUUACGUCUAAUUGCUGGGAUCUAGCGUUUCUACCAAAGACGGUCUACUUGUAUUUCCUUGAGGCCAGCACUGUUUAUCGGGUUGGUGUAGAUGAGGGGUCUAAAACUGAAAUACGCAUGCCCCCGAAAGAAAAGCGAGCAUUAAUACAACAAGUGGUGGAUUCCUUUCCUGAAUCUAUAAUCUACGAUGGUGGUAAUUCAGUGUAUUCGGAAUCGCCCUUACCCGGGAUAACUACCGACCCUGUGGAGAAAGAAAUAGACAUCAAAGAUCCACUUGGUCGAGAUCGUUUGCUGUUGAGUUAUCGAAUUAUGGAGGUACAGAAAGUGUCGACUGCGGACAUAAACCAUUUUAUAUCAAGUCCAAAAGCUACAUCUUUAAACAUGCCACAAGAGUCCAUCAGGUUGUUGGACUGUAUAUUAAAAACAGUCUCAAAGCAGUCGUUUGUUUCCCUUGGAAGAUCUGCUUUGUUUUAUGAGAAGCCAGUGAGAGUCAUUGCAGAUAAGCUGUUCACCAUACACAAAGGUUUUAUCACUAGCGUUAGACCUCAAUGGAAGGUCCGUGUCAAUUUGGACAUGACGUGCAAGGCUUUUUUCACAGCUGGUAACCUAGCAGAUGUUAUGUACGAAAAGUAUGGAGACAAUAUGGCCAGAUGUAGCUCACAAAUGGCUAACGAUUUAAGAAGAAUACGUGUUGAGACUGAUAAGUUUUACAAAAGUGACAAUGGACAUGUGUAUUCUAGACGUUUCACCGUGCAUGGAAUAUCUUCUGUGCCAGCCGACAAGCUUAUGAUCGAGGAGAGAAAGCAGUCUGUUGCUGCGUACUUUGAUGAACAUCACCAUAUUAAGUUAAAAUAUCCUGAUCUUCCGUGCAUAAAGGUUGAUCAAAAACGAGAGGUUUAUAUGCCGAUGGAAUUACUAAAUAUUCUUCCUUUUCAAGCACCUAACGCGAGCAAGGCUGAUGUGGCUAGUGAGGUUAUCCGUUGUGCAGCAGUACGUCCUCAAGAACGUUUUCAGGAGCUACAAACGUUUUCAAACAGCAUGUUGAAGUCACAUCCUUUGAUAAAGCAAUUCGGCUUAACGUUGCAAUCAAGACCUGUGGAUGUAAGUGCCAGGGUUUUACAGCCGCCGAGUGCAGCCUUCGAUCGUUCUCGUGUUAUUCCACUCAAACCAGGAAGCUGGACAUCACCUGGCUUCUAUGAUCCUGCUGGCCAUGGAGUUGAACUACUAUGGGCGAUACUUUGCGUCCCACCUGAUAGGCGAUCACAAGGUCAUGUGCAGAAAGUUAUUCAUGAAUUGCCUCGAGCAGCUGAACGAGUUGGAAUACGCCUUAGCUCCCGACCACACCUAUCGCAGUGUCCAAUGGGUGAACUCAACAGAAAAUUUGAUGAGUUUUCUCGACAAGGAUGUGCAUUUUUACUACUUAUUCUCUACGAUGAACAUGCGUAUCCCGCCAUUAAACGACUUAGUGAUCUCCAGAUAGGCAUUCGCACACAAUGUGUACGAAGCCGCACUCUCGAUAAACCAAACGUCUUCCCAAACCUUUUACUAAAAAUCAAUGGAAAGCUUGGUGGGAUCAACUGGCAGAUUCCAGAUCUUAUCAAAAAUGGCGAUGAACUCAUAAUGGUCUUUGGAGCAGAUGUUACUCAUCCAGCUCAAACUCAGCAAGUCCGCAAAUCGGUUGCAGCAGUUAUAGGUAGUGUUUCGCCUGAUCUUAUGAGAUACGGAGUUGUCAUUCGUCAGCAAGCAACAACUGAAAAAGGAAAUAAGGCAGCAAGAGAGAUCAUUGAUGAUAUGCGCCUGAUCGUCAGGGAACUUCUACAGCUUUAUUUGCGAAAUACAAAUGGUCGGUUCCCUACCCGUAUGAUAUUCUACCGCGAUGGAGUUUCGGAAGGACAAUUCGAAAAUGUUCUUGUUGAAGAGCUUGCAGCCAUCCAGAGGGCAUGCUCGGAUGUGCGUCCUGGGGAAGAACCGGCUAUAACUUAUAUCGUUGUCCAAAAACGCCAUCAUAUUCGUUUCAAGCCCUCUGAUCCUAGAGCGCGGAACGUGGAACCUGGGACGGUCGUUGACACGGAAAUAACUCAUCCAAGAGAAUUCGACUUUUAUCUGUGCUCUCAAGACGGAAUUCAGGGAACGUCCAAACCUGCCCAUUACCACGUGUUAUAUGAUGACAGUAACUGGACAUCAGAUGCUCUACAAAUGUUCACUUAUCAUCUAUGCUACGCUUAUAUGAGAUGUACUCGUAGUGUAUCUUAUCCAGCACCAACUUAUUAUUCUCAUUUGGCUGCUUUUCGUGCUCGAGAUUGGUUAUCGGGAUUAGACCAACCUGCUAUUUUAUUGGAUAGUGGUCGCUUCAGAGUUCAUACUUCACAGAUUGUCUGCCUGGAUCAAUGAGUGUAUGAAAUAUACGUAUUCAAAAUGCAUUCUCGUAUUUGACCUAUUUUAUUCCGUUAUUCUCUAACGCUACUUAAGUCGAUAAAGACAUACGACGGUUGGCGGCACGUAUAUUUCGAUAACAAUCAGCAUACGAUUUAACUGGAGUCAAAUAUAGAACCACUAAAAAGUAAAGAUCAGAAGCCCAUUUUCAUCCAUUAUAGCAAAGUUCUAUGUUUAGUCUUCUGGCAAAUGAAUCAAACACCGUUUUCAGCUAUAUUUUCCAAUAAAUAGUUACUCAAUGGAACAUCACGUAUUCCAUAUGAAUAUGGUUUACUCUAGGCCUUUGAAAUCACCUUGUUCAUCUUAGUUGUUCUGACUUAUUUACAAGGAAAAAAGGCUUUCCUAUUAUCCUUUGUAUCCUAAUUAACUCACAGUACAAGAAUUUGAAGAUUUCUGACUUCCAAUAGCCAUUUGUCUUGGGUCAGACUGAACACAUUUGGAAACACACAAGUAUCAGUCCCGUCAAUUCUAUCUAGGAUAUUCUUCAAACAGGGACUUGUGGUAUGCGGAACUUUCUAGUUUGAAGCUCACUAGCUUCAUUUAAAUAACUGCGCAUGUCUUCACCUAACUUGGUAAAAGUCAUUCUAAAUACAAAUAUUUAUAAUGAAACCCUUAGCUACAAAGGAAUGGCGCAUGGUAUUCAAGUCAUGAUUUACCGAAUGCUAGGUCAAUGUGAUUGAUGGAUAGUUUCGUUCUAUUGUCUGGUUAAAUCACUAAUACAUGCUCCCAUGACCGAACAUACAGAUCAACAGAGGAGGAAGAUUAUAUGAGACAAUUUAUCGCAGGAUAUUGGGUAUUCGAACGAAAAACAAAUGAAUGGUCUUGCUAAGGACUACUUAAUCUGUAAUUUUUUAAAUUCUACAGGAUUAUUAGGUCUUUUUGUGUAACUUAAAUGUUCCUUGGCUUUAAUCGAGAUCUUACGGGAACUCUCCAAUAUAGCAAUAGCAGUACAUGCUAUAUUCAAUAAUCACCAAAUUGAUACUUAAAAUGCCAAAAUAGUUCAGAAAGGCUUUUCCGAGCAAGCCUAGUAGCCGAAGCUAAAUCCCUCUGCCCUCAGCAGGAAAGAAGGCCUGAAUAUUCAUCCAAUUCGGGCUGGUUAACCAGACAACCACAUCUGGCCUUAUUUUUUUCACACAAUUUACACAUACACACACACACAUAGUUUCAACCCCACUAGUUGACUUUGCAAAUGCAUACAUUUUUCAUACCCAGACUCUGAUACACAAAUUGUUACAGUGACAGGUCAUAUAAAUUCACCUUGACAUUUACAUAUUCAGACCUAUUAUGAUUUUGAUUGUACCAAAAAUAUUUUGCAUUGUUUUCCC